UGAGCCGAAGUAAACUUUCAGAUGUAAUGGAUUGGAGGGAUAAACCUUGCUUUACUAUACCAGAGGAUGCCAAGCUCACAGAUCUAUCCCUGUCAUGGCAGGGUCGAGAGCGAGCACGGGUUCCGGGUCGAUUAAACUAUUUCCUGCGAGAAUAUCAGCGGGACGGAGUUCAGUUUCUCUGGGAUAGAUAUUGCAGGGAUGGAGGAGCAAUCCUUGCUGAUGAUAUGGGUCUUGGGAAGACGGUGCAGAUUAUCGCAUUUCUAUCAGCACUCUACCACAAAACCGGUUUGCAUGCGGAUAACGAUGAAAACCGGUUAGUUUCGACCGGGAAAAACCCCUGUUCUCCGACCCUGAUCAUCUGCCCCGGCUCCGUCCUGUCCAAUUGGGAGGAGGAGAUCAAAACCUGGGGUAACUUUGUCACCAAGAAAUUCUACAAAACUGAUCGAGAUACAACCCUAACCCUGAGCAAAGAAGGCAGAUGUGAACUUGUGCUGACCACGUUUGAGACCGGGAGAGAUCAUGUAUCCGUCCUGAACCUUGUAGAUUGGAGAUUAGUUAUUGUGGAUGAGUGCCAUAGGAUUAAGGAACCAACAUCAGCUGUUACCAGAGCUCUCAAAUCUUUGGAAUGUAAGAGAAGGAUAGGAUUGACUGGGACUGCACUGCAGAAUAAGUAUGAGGAACUUUGGUGUCUCCUAGACUGGGCUAAUCCUGGUUGCCUUGGUUCAUGUAAACAUUUCCAGAGAGAGUUCAGUGUCCCAAUGAUGUUAUUGUAA